GGUAACUAUCACCUAUUUUCUUUCCAAAAUUUGAUCUAAAAAAAGGGUUAGGCCGAAAUUAAAAGUAGGAACGGGCUGGCAAAUUCAAAUAUAAAAUUGGAGACAAAUUUUGAGCAUUAUUCAAUACAAUUAACACACCUGCCAUUGUUAUAUGUGUGUAUAAGAGGUAUUGCCAUAUGCAAUUAAGGAUCAUUAUUUCUCAAACCUGCCAUUUUUAACUUCUUCAGGAACAUGAUGAAUCAACACAAACCCAUGUUUAUCUCUUGUUUUCUGAUCUUUGUGCUUCUUUGUUCACACUCAAUAUCAGUAGCAGCGCAAGUAGUAGAGCAAGUGAGAGAGUACGAAUACGCAGAAGGUAGUGAGAAGGGACCAGCACACUGGGGAGAUCUCAAGCCGGAAUGGUCAGCAUGUAAAACUGGAACCGUGCAAUCUCCUAUUGAAAUAAUCAGUGAUAGAGUGAAAGAGAUCUCCAAGUCAGGAGAUUUAGAGACAAACUACAAGCCUUGCAAUGCUACUCUUAGAAAUCGAGGCCAUGAUAUUUCUUUGAAAUGGUCAGAUAACAAUGCUGGAACCGUAAAGGUGAACGGCACUGAUUACAUGCUUGAUCAAGUCCACUGGCACUCACCUUCCGAGCAUACCAUCAAUGGCCAAAGGAAUGACUUGGAGUUACACAUGGUUCAUAGAAACAUUGACAAAGUAGCUGUCAUUGGACUGCUUUAUAAGAUUGGCGCCCCGGAUCCCUUCCUCUCUAUGCUGAUAAACAAUAUAACGUCCCUGGCUGAUAAACUGGAAGAGAGAGACAUGGGCAUUAUUAAUCCAAACGACAUCAAGGUGGAUGGCAAAGAAUAUUUUAGAUAUAUGGGUUCACUAACAACUCCUCCUUGCACUGAAGGUGUAACUUGGACAGUCAUCAAAGAGGUAGGAACUGUCUCAGAGGACCAAAUCAAGGCACUCCAAAACGCUGUCCUCGAUUAUGCAGCGAUGAAUUCACGGCCAUUGCAGCCGAUCAAUGAUCGACAAAUAGAAUUGUAUCUUCCAAACCCUACGCCUAACUAGCUAGGAAGAGAUUGCAGAGUUUAUACAUUUCCCACAUUGCUUCUAUGACUUCUCAUUUUAUAGAGAUAAGAAUGGAUGAUGAGACAAUGUUCCAAAUGAACAUGCAGCAUGGUAUUAGCCCAUAUUAGGGCAAUUAUAGAAUAAACAAGUAUAUGGCAUUUUUUCCUUCUUUUUAAUGCCAUUCUUUUAAGGGAAAUUUUAGAAAAUGGCC